GACCCUGAAUCACUCAAACACUGAACCACAGUCCACUGACAGACAGACAGCGGACAGAGGAAAGAGGAAGAGAGAGUAACCUGUGAGCGAAAAUCAACAAAGCGAAAGAAAGCCAAGAGAGAAACGAGGAAAGAUAAGGAAGAAGAGUGAGUGGAGAGAGAGAUCCUGUGUGCUGUCUCACUGAAACAAACCAACCCACCUACACACCGUGUCUGUCAAUCUGUCCUCUUCGAACCCCUUCUGUCAGCAGUAGGAAUACAUAGUUAACCCUCCAGCCAGUCUAAUCUGUCUGACUGUUCUUCAGUGUUUCGGUGGUUGUGUUCAUCAGUAAAGAAAGUCCACCUUAUCACAGUCGGUAAAGAGUCCGUUUUGUCAGUUUGUUGAUUAGUUGGUCCAUCAGCAAGUGAGUAAGAGUCCUCAUCCCUCAGUGCUUCAGUCAGCGCUCAAGAACCAAAACCUUUAAAACCAUACUGUCAAAGGAACCGUCGCCAUGGCCCCCAAGAAGAAGGCCAAUCGCACAAAGAAGAUUACCCCGGAGCCAGUCGUCUCCCAGGUAACCACUGUCACCACACAGAUGGCAGGAGGAGUGGUGGUGGUGGAAGGUGUGAAGAAGAUCGAGGAGAUGGCCGCACUGGACAUCGUACAGCUUAACCAUUUCAACCUCCCCCUGCCCCCUCCCGUCAUCAAGCCCGGAGAGAAGGGCCUGGGCCUGGGCUGUGAAGUGACCCGCCCCCUCCACGGAAACGCCCUGCUGGAGGAGGUGAGCCGCAUGCGCCAGGAGCGCUUCCUCACCGACCUGGAGCUGGCCUGUAAGACCAAGGCCUUUGACGUGCACAAGCUGGUCAUUUCCUCCGUCAGCCGGUACUUCCGGGAGAUCCUGGCCAAGGACCCCGGAAUGAAGCGUCUAGAGUUACCUUCACUCUCCCCCCUCGGCCUGGCCAACGUGAUCACCUUCGCCUACCUGGGCCGCGUCCACAUGUCCCUGUACACCAUCGGCUGCACUGUGUCCGCCGCUGCCACCCUACAGAUCCCCCAGUUGCUCCAGAUGUGCAUGGACUUCCUGCUGGCCGAGAUGAACGUGCAGACGUGCGUGUACGUGUGGAACAUCGCCGCCGCCUACGGUCUGUUUCCCGUGCGCGACGCGGCCCGCCGCUUUGUGCUGGAGAACUUUGUCGCGUUCACCGAGACGCCCCUGUUCAACCAGCUGACCCUGGAACAGAUCGCAGCCUUCCUCCAGGAAGACAGCCUGCUGCUGCCUUCUGAAGUCACCGCCUUCCAGUUGGCCAUGAAAUGGCUGGACUUCGACCCCAAGCGUCAGGUGCACGCCGCCGAACUGCUGUCCCACGUGCGCUUCGAGACCAUCCCUGCCAGCGAGCUGGUCAGCGAGAUCCAGCCUGUGGCGAGAAUGAUGAUGGACCCUCACUGCCACCGCUUGCUGGUGGACGCCAUGAACUACCACCUGCUGCCCUACCAGCAGAACACGCUGCAGUCUCGCCGCACGCAGGUGCGUGGCGGACAGGCCACCCUUCUGACUGUUGGGGGGCGUCCCUCCGUCACCGAGCGGGCACUGAGUAGAGUGGUGCUGUGGAGAGACCCACGUGAGGGUGUGGCCACCUGGCGCCACCUGUCCCAGCUGCCCGCUAAGAGCUUCAACCAGUGUGUGGCUGUGAUGGACGGCUUCCUGUACGUGGCCGGAGGAGAGGACCAGAACGAUGCACGCAACCAGGCCAAGCACGCUGUCAGCACCCUCAGCAGGUACGACCCUCGCUUCAACACCUGGCUGCAUCUGGCUAGCAUGCGCCAGCGCCGUACCCACUUCAGCCUGGUGGCCACUGGCGGGCGCCUGUAUGCCAUUGGCGGCCGCAACGUGGAGGGCCUGCUGGCCACCACCGAGAGCUACCUGCCCUCCUCCAACACCUGGCAGCUCAAGACACCCAUGGAGGUGCCACGUUGCUGCCACGCCAGUGCCGUGCUGCCCUCCGGAGACAUCCUGGUGACCGGCGGCUACAUCAACUGUGCCUACUCGCGCUCCGUGGCCUGCUACAACGUUGAGACGGACACCUGGAGUGAGAAGGCUAGCCUGGCGAGCCCCCGAGGAUGGCACUGCUCCUCCACCCUGGGAGGGAAGGUGUACGUGGUGGGUGGUAGCCAGCUGGGCCCCAGCGGAGACCGUGUGGACGUCCUGUCUAUGGAGGUGUUCUCCCCAGAGAACGGUGAGUGGAGCCGGGCCUCCCCCCUGCCCCUGGGCGUGAGCACGGCAGGCCUGUCGGCCCUCGGGGAACAGCUGUACCUGAUGGGUGGCUGGAACGAGGCCGAGAAGCGCUACAAGGCGGCCGUGCAGAAGUACACCCCGGCAACAGACAGCUGGUCCAUGGGGGAGGAUCUGCCCGAGGCCACUGUGGGUGUAUCCUGCUGCGCCCUGACCCUCCCACCCCGCCACACCCCCCGCAGGCAACAGCACCACAACACUCCAGCAACCAAGGAGGAGCAGCCACAGAGAAAGAGCCAUGUAGUCCCACAGCCCAUCACUGCCUGAGAGAUUUAGAAGAAGAGAGGUGAAGAGAGCGAAGGGAGGUUGAUAGAAGGGAGGAGGGACAGAGAGCAAGAAGUUGAGGAGAGGUAGGAACAGAGAGCUGUCGAUAGAGAAGCAGAGCCGUAGAACAGGAAAGAUGGAAGGGAUAACUAUUCACUUAUUCUAAAAUUGAUUACAUGUUUGUUAUCAUCAAUCUACACGCACUGCCCCAUAAUGACAAAGCAAAAAUAGGAUUUUAGACAUUUUUGCUAAUUUAUAAAAAAUGUAAUCUGAAAUAGCAGAUUUACAUAAGUAUUCAGACC